AUGGAUCAGUGUCAAUCGAACGGGCGUUUGCUCGCUUUCUCCGUCCUCCAGGGCCUCAUCCCCUCCGUUAUCCUAAUCACAACACCCAAACAGUCUGUUAUACGUUACCUGUCUAUACCAUGUAUGAUAUGGAUCGUGUACCAUAUGAUGUACCCUAUUCAGAAACCGGGGUAUACAUCAACCAAUUUCCUCGGGAGCUCUGCAACCUUCGUGUUGACAGCCCUGGAUAUUCUACUGAUCAACCCUCAAGCCGGGCGCGACUUCGCCCACGCCAAUGGAAACACUAAGAGCUUCUUUUCUCGUCUAAUCGAGGCGGUUCCGCUAGUCACAUGUACGCGGGCUGUCAACACACCCCGACAAGUGAAGAACGUCCCGCCAUUCCCAGCAUACUACACGAAGAGAGAUCCGAAGGUGAUCCCUCGAGGUCGCUUUUUGGUUAGAGAAACUGCCAUUGCUGCCUGGCAGUUUCUAGCCCUAGAUAUAUAUAGUGUAUUGGCAUCGAGACAAGCCAUAAAUGUCCAAGACAAAGAAGUGUCAAUUUCUUCUGGCCUAUGGAAUAUCCCGGGACGAGCGUGGAGAGCACAGGCUGUUCAGACUCUCAUUACGUGGCUCUUUGUGUCUCGGAUCCUGCUCAGUUUCUACUACCGCGUCGCUUCGAUCAUCUUUGUGAGCCUUGGGGAUUCUCCCUCGAACAGCCCGCCGAUGAUUGGGAGAAUGGCAGAUAUAUAUACUCUACGGAAUUUCUGGGGAAAAUUCUGGCAUCAAAUGCUGCGACUGCCCCUCACGUCGACUAGUAACUUUCUAGCGCGGGAUAUUCUCGGUCUGCCCAGAUCGUCGUUUGUGGAACGAUACACCAAUGUGUUCAUCGUUUUCUUUUUCUCCGGCUUAAUCCACGUCGUACUUGAUAGUCUGCGAAACGUUUCACCAUGGAAAUUUGGGACUAUGUCCUUUUUCCUAUCUUUCGUUGUCGGCUAUAUGAUUGAAGACGGUGUCCAGGCUCUCUGGAAGCGAACUCCGGGCUCCCAGAACAAUGUCAGCUUGCUGGCGUGGUGGCAAAGGGCCCUUGGCUUUUGCUGGGUUACCACAUGGCUGGGGGUUACGUCUCCUUGGUAUUUUAGGUCGGCGAUGCUAAAGCCGGAAGAACAGAUGGUUCUGGUUCCUGUCAGCAUUGCUGGGCUCAUUAGCCUUCCUGUGUUGGGUAGUAUGGUCAUUGGCGGUGGUCUUGUGUUGAAGUUUGUAUUCGAGGGAGAGGUUUGA